AUGGAGCCGGGCAACUUCUACGAGGCGGACGCGCGCCCCCCGAUGCUCAGCGCCCUCCAGGCGCACCCGCCGCAGCAGCAGCGCCCGCCGGUGGCCGCCGCGCACCUGCCCUCCGCCGCGCUCGGCCUCCCCCCGCCGGCCGGCCCCUUCGGCUACCUGGCCGCCGCGGAGCUGCCGGAGAUCUGCGAGCACGAGACGUCCAUCGACCUGAGCGCCUACAUCGACCCGGGCGCCUUCAACGACGAGUUCCUGGCCGACCUCUUCCAGCACAGCAAGCAGCAGCAGGAGCGCGCCGCCGCCAAGGCCGGGCUGGAGUGCGCCGGGGCCGGCAUGCCGGGCGGCGGGUUCCCGCCGGGCGGGGGCGCGCUCUACUGCUACGCCGAGGAGCGGCUGGGCCCGGGUCCCCCGCCGCUGCCCGGCCUGCGCCCGCUGCUCAUCAAGCAGGAGCCGCACGAGGACGAGGAGGCGGCCGCCCUGGCCGCGCUCUACCCGCCGCCGCCGCCGNGGACGCCCGCCGCCGCCGCCGCCCCGUCGGGCAAGGGCAAGAAGGCGCUGGACAAGGGCAGCAGCGAGUACCGGGUGCGGCGCGAGCGCAACAACAUCGCGGUGCGCAAGAGCCGCGACAAGGCCAAGCAGCGCAACGCCGAGACGCAGCAGAAGGUGCUGGAGCUGAGCAACGACAACGAGCGGCUCCGCAAGCGCGUCGAGCAGCUGAGCCGCGAGCUGGAGACCCUCCGCGGCAUCUUCCGCCAGCUGCCCGAGAGCUCGCUGGUCAAGGCCAUGGGCAGCUGCCCCUGA